AUGAAGCCUCGCCCAUGGCUGUCAGGCGGGCUCUGCCUGGCGCUGUAUCUCGCGCACUCGGCCGUCCUCGGCGACCACUCGCCGAUCUCAGCGAGGUCUUUAGGAAAAAUGGCGUUCACAGGAGGGUCUGCCCUACUGACCAAGAAGGUCCCUGGUGUGUUGGCUUGCCUGGACUUGUGCCGUAGCAACGAGCGCUGCGUCGGCUUCAGCUACAAUGGAGUGUCGUGCCAGCUCAGAGACACGGUGUCGUUCGUCGCCGCCUCGACAGUUUGGGUCUCAUACGUCAUCACUCAACAGCCUGACCUCAACGUAUUGGAUCCGUGUGCCAGCAACCCAUGUCCUGACGCCAAAGUUUGCGUUCGUUACUCGAUCCCUGCCAUGCUACCUUACCACCCCGAGUAUGCCCUCAACUUCUCGCUGCCUGGCUACGUCUGCACCAGUGCUGCAUCCUUGCUUGCCCAGCGUGAUCAAGGCAAAAGUGACGCGUCCUCACAGUAA